ACCGCCCCUCGGCGUCCGCGCGACGGUUUCUACCGCCCGCCGCCACCAGGGUUUUCUUCCCCCCUCGCCUUCUUCCUCCUCCUCCCCACGCAAUCCACGGAGGAACCGAGAGCGCGUAGGAGCGCAGCCAUGGCGUGACCGUGUCCAAGAUUCUUCCCCGUCACCGGCUCCGUGUCCAGGAGCUCCGCCGUCCACGUCUUCCUCGCCUACGUCCAGGAGGCCGCUCCCGAACGACUACAGCCACCACUCCUUCCUCUUCGGCCGCCGCCGCGUCGUCGUCAAAGUCCUCCGCCUCCGUCCGCUACUCGACCGGCGGAUCACACCUCCGUGGUCCUGGCUGCUGAACAUGAUGGAUGAUGAGUUAUUCAAGUUGGACACUGAGCCUUUGGGGGUUUAUUCCGAAGAUGCAACCAAUGAUGACAAGCCCCUGGAGGAUGAACCUCAGAAUGAGCGGACAUGUGAUGAUGAUUUCAAGCACCUGUCGCAGAAUGCAGAAGAUCGUGUGCUAGCUUUUGAGGAACUUGAUGAAGAUAAUCUGAUGGGGCAGUUAUUUGCCGAGAAUCCCCUGGAGCUGGCUAACUAUGCAAUGAAUCACGUGCCAAUGUAUGAUGACCAUGAUUAUGGUCCUGAUCGGGUGCACAAAAUUCAGUGUACUCUGGCGCAUUCACAGCGAUAUGCAGCACAUGGUCUCGACAUGCUGGCACACGCCGAACUGUUGUACACCCAGCUUCGGAGUGAUAUACGGUCUGACCGUGUAUCAGAGCCUCUCCUCGAGGGGACCAUUCAGUGGGCCGAACAGAUGGCUGCGUACGCAGAAGUUCUGGACGAUUACAGCGAUGAGGUGCAUGAGUUUGCAUUAUACCUGAUUCGCUUUGAGUUGGAAGGUCCCAUGCUUGCAAGGCACGAUCAGUUGGUAACCGUGGCAGACCAGUUACUAGGAGAGCAGAGGAACAUGAGAGCGCGGGUCAAAUGGGCACGGGAAUACAUGGCCACCGCCCUGCCAAGCGUCGCCCUCUCUCGGCGAUGCCGCCUGGCCACCGUCUUGCCAAGCGUCGCCCUCACUCCCAGAUUGAGGACAAGCAGUGGCGCAACGGCGCACGAGAGGGCAUAGCACCCUUUGGCUCCCGCAUGUAUUAUUUAAAAUAAUUAUUAAACAAAAGUCAAAAUAGUUCAAAAGUAUUUUAGAUUAAA